GGCGGCGGCGGCGGGAUGGCCCGGGCCCGCGGCCAGGCCCCGGGGAGCGGCGGCCGGCGGCGGCCGCGGCGGGGCGGCGCGGGAACCGGGCCCCGGGGGGAGUCGGCCGGGUUGCUGCUGCUGCUGCUCCAGGUGCUGCCGCCCGGGGCUGCGGCAGGGCCGGGGCGCCGGGGCACGCGGGGCUCCGCCGGCGGCGGCGUCUGCUGGCCCGGCGCUGCCCCUGCCUUUCCCCGGGACGCGCGGCUGCUGCUGCUCCUGCCGCCGCUGCCGCCGCUGUCGCCGCCGCCGCGGAGCUCCGCGCCCGCAGCCUCCGCCUCCCGGAUGGACACUCUGCCCCGCGGCGGGCUGAACCUGAAGGAGGAGCCGCUGUUGCCCGCCGGCUUGGGCUCGGUGCGCUCCUGGAUGCAGGGCGCGGGCAUCCUGGACGCCAGCACCGCGGCGCAGAGCGGCGUGGGCCUGGCGCGCGCACAUUUUGAGAAGCAGCCACCCUCCAACCUCAGGAAAUCCAACUUCUUCCACUUCGUGCUGGCCAUGUAUGACCGGCAGGGGCAGCCUGUGGAGGUGGAGCGCACGGCCUUCAUCGAUUUCGUGGAAAAGGACCGAGAACCUGGGGCUGAAAAGACCAACAAUGGAAUCCACUAUCGCCUCCGGCUAGUGUAUAACAAUGGACUUCGGACGGAGCAGGAUCUCUAUGUGCGCCUCAUUGACUCCAUGUCCAAGCAGGCAAUCAUCUAUGAGGGGCAAGACAAGAACCCUGAAAUGUGCCGCGUGCUGCUCACCCAUGAGAUCAUGUGCAGCCGGUGCUGUGACCGGAAGAGCUGUGGCAAUCGGAAUGAGACGCCUUCUGACCCGGUCAUUAUUGACAGGUUCUUCCUCAAGUUCUUCCUCAAGUGCAACCAGAACUGCCUAAAGAAUGCAGGGAAUCCCCGAGACAUGCGCCGCUUCCAGGUGGUGGUAUCCACGACAGUGAGUGUGGACGGACACGUGCUGGCCGUGUCCGACAACAUGUUUGUGCACAACAACUCCAAGCAUGGUCGCAGGGCGCGCCGGCUGGACCCCUCUGAAGGUCAGGACCCCCGGCCCUUGGGCCCAGCCAGCCCCCAGUCCCAUCCUUGGUACAGGCCCCUGACCUGUCUCUUCUCCUGCCUGGCAGCUGCCACCCCCUGUAUCAAGGCCAUCAGCCCCGGGGAGGGCUGGACCACAGGAGGCGCCACCGUCAUUGUCAUCGGUGACAAUUUCUUCGACGGAUUGCAGGUCGUGUUCGGGAACGUGCUCGUGUGGAGCGAGCUCAUCACGCCCCACGCCAUACGGGUUCAGACGCCCCCGCGGCACAUUCCCGGGGUGGUGGAGGUGACCCUGUCCUACAAGUCCAAGCAAUUUUGCAAGGGAGCCCCCGGCCGUUUUGUCUACACAGCCCUGAAUGAGCCCACCAUUGACUAUGGAUUCCAGAGGCUACAGAAAGCCAUCCCCAGACACCCCGGAGAUCCCGAGAGGCUGCCCAAGGAAGUGCUGUUGAAGCGGGCGGCCGACUUGGCGGAGGCCCUGUACGGAGUGCCCAGCAGCAACCAGGAGCUCCUCCUGAAGCGCGCGGCCGACGUGGCCGAGGCUCUGUACAGCGCCCCACGCGCGCCUGCGCCGCUCGGACCCCUGGCCCCGAGCCACCCGCACCCCGCCGUCGUGGGCAUCAACGCCUUUAGCAGCCCGCUGGCCAUCGCCGUCGGGGACGCCACGCCGGGCCCGGAGCCGGGCUACGCGCGCAGCUGUGGCAGCGCGUCCCCGCGCGGGUUCGCGCCCAGCCCCGGCUCUCAGCAGAGCAGCUACGGCAGCGGCCUCGGUGCGGGCCUCGGCGGCUACGGGACACCGGGCGUGGCCGGCCUAGGCGUGCCCGGGUCCCCUAGCUUCCUCAAUGGCUCCACGGCCACCUCGCCCUUCGCCAUCAUGCCCUCUAGCCCCCCGCUGGCCGCUGCCUCCUCCAUGUCCCUCCCGGCCGCUGCCCCCACCACCAGCGUCUUCUCCUUCUCGCCUGUCAACAUGAUCUCCGCUGUCAAACAGAGGAGCGCCUUCGCCCCCGUGCUGCGCCCACCCAGCUCCCCACCCCAGGCCUGCCCGAGAGCCCACGGAGAGGGACUUCCAGGUCUGCCAGUGUUGCCCCCACUGAACCCGGACUGGAGGUCCCUCUGGGAUACACACUCACGUCCUGGAUGGCAGCACAGACAGACGCUGAGCCAGGGCUUCGGGCGGACAUCCACCCAAAGGCCUGAACAGGCCACCCUGUGCUUGAGGCCUCCAGUCCCACAGGCUUCUCUCACCUCCCUUCCUCGGGGCUGGUCAGAAGCCUUAGCACUGUGCUGAUGCUCUCAGCAGGAGAGCAUCCCAGGGGGGUCCCGGGAUGCUGGGUUUUCCUCACUGGGUCAGUUCCUCUGGAAGAGAUGGACCUUGUGCAGACCGGACCAUCAGGCGACAGGAGCAGGGGAUGGGGACCAUGAGGAAGAGGACAGCUCAGGGAGAAGUGGCCUGGGGAGGUCCUGUUUGUAUCUGACCCAUCUCAGCUGGCCCAGCAUCCCGACCUUGCUCCAGGGCAAGAGGUGGUGCCCAGCAGCCUCCCAAGGCCUGCCCAGGCUCCCAUGGAGCUUCCAAUGGCUGCUCGAUCCCUGUGGCUGCCCCCUCCUAGGCCCGCACACUCAUGCUUGCCACAUAUGAAUCCCACCAGGGGCUUUGGGCAUGGAGUGUGCAGAAGAGGGAGUGCCAAGCCCCCUAAAUGGUGGGUCUUCCUCCCAAUGGCUAUCUUAUGGACUCUGGCCCCACUCACAUAUGACUCUGGCUGGCCCCAUAGUACCAUGGAAUUGGCCUAGCUGCCACUGGCCUCACAUUCUGCUCUGCUGAGGUUGGAGAAAACAGAACAAUAAACACAGCUGCAGGUGGCCA